AGUCCACCGCCAAUCCACUCGACCAAGAUCUGGUGUUUAGCUACAUUUAUUCUUUGAAUCGUGACUUGAAAGUAGCUCACUUUCCAGGGGAGUUUCUUAACUAGGGUACAAAAAGAGAAAAAAAAUGGGGAAAUCAGUGAUUCUCCAUCUGGUUUUUGUUGUUUUGGCUGUUUUUAGUGUGUGCUUAGUGAAUGCCGAAGACCCUUACUUGUUUUUCACUUGGACUGUUACUUAUGGUACUCGUUCUAUCCUUGGAGUUCCCCAGCAGGUUAUACUUAUCAAUGAUCAGUUCCCUGGACCAGGGCUUGAUGUAGUGACUAAUAAUAACAUUAUCUUGAAUCUCAUUAACAAGCUUGACCAGCCUUUCUUGUUGACAUGGAAUGGGGUGAAGCAAAGGAAGAAUUCAUGGCAGGAUGGAGUAUUGGGAACCAAUUGCCCUAUCCCUCCAAACUCAAACUAUACAUACAAAUUCCAGGCCAAGGAUCAGAUUGGAUCCUACAAUUAUUUCCCAUCAACAUUGAUGCAUAGAGCUGCCGGGGGAUUCGGAGCACUCAAUAUAAUACAUAGAAGUGUGAUCCCUAUCCCUUAUGCUAACCCUGAUGGAGAUUUCACUUUACUUGUUGGUGACUGGUUCAAGACCAACCAUAAGAUAAUGCAGCAAUCUUUGGACGCAGGCAACCCUCUGCCCUUCCCUGAUGGAGUCCUUAUAAAUGGCCAAACUCAAUCAACCUUUACUGGGGAUCAAGGCAAAACUUACAUGUUCAGGAUCUCAAAUGUUGGAUUAUCUACCUCACUCAAUUUUAGGAUCCAGGGUCAUAAAAUGAAGCUAGUUGAGGUCGGAGGAUCUCAUGUAAUUCAGAACUUAUAUGAUUAUCUCGAUAUACAUGUUGGUCAAUCCGUAACCAUCUUAGUGACCUUGGACCAGCCUCCAAAGGACUACUACAUUGUAGCAUCCACACGAUUUACAGAAACUGUUCUCACUGCAACUGGAGUGUUGCACUACUCGAACUCGAAUGCCCUAGUUUCCGGACCGAUUCCAGCUGCUCCUGUAAACCAAUUUGAUUGGUCAAUGGAGCAGGCGAGAACGUACAGGUGGAACUUGACGUCCAAUGCAGCCAGGCAUAAUCCUCAGGGUUCAUUCCAUUAUGGGCAGAUAACACCUACUAAGACUUUUGUCUUGGCCAACUCGGCAUCUUCAAUAAACGGAAAGUUGCGUUAUGCAGUGAAUGGCGUCUCCUAUAUAAAUCCCGAUACACCUUUGAAUCUUGCCGAUCAUUUUAACAUUCCUGGAGAUUUUAGCACGAAUUCCAUAAGUGCAGUUCCUUCAGGUCGUGCUGCAACUGUUGCUACCUCUGUUAUGCCAACUUCUCUCCAUGAUUUAAUCGAAGUCGUCUUUCAGAACAACGAAAACACCAUACAAGCUUGGCAUCUUGAUGGUUAUGAUUUUUGGGUCGCUGGUUUUGGCUCCGGGCAGUGGUCGCCAGACAGUAGAAAGAGCUACAAUCUAGUUGAUGCUCUUACGAGACACUACUCAGGUUUAUCCAAAUUCUUGGACCGCAGUUUUCGUCUCCUUGGACAACCAAGGUAUGUGGAAUGUGAGGUCUACAUUGUGGGACAGGCAAUAUCUCGGACAACAAUUUUACCUGAGAGUCUGGAAUCCAGUCCGCAGCCUUGCUAACGAAUAUGACAUUCCCUCUAACGUCCUACUCUGCGGCAAAGCUGUCGGACGUCUCCCAUAGUUCGAUUAAACUGAUCGUUUUCCGGGCAUGAGAGUUUGAGUGCGGACUGCGGAGAAAUGCAGGUGACAGAAAAGAGGAUCAAAAUUGUUUUUUCAUUUAUAUAUCUUAGAAACAUUAGAUGAAAUUACGCGAUCCAUUGGAUUACUGUAUUAUUAGCUCCAA